CCCCAUGGCGCCCUGAGCGCGGCGGCGGCGGGUUCCUGGGCCGCGCCCUCGGCCGUGAGCGAGCUCGAUGCCGAGCACCUCGGACGCGGCGGCCGGCGGGAGCGGGGGCAGCCGGGGCUGGGGCAGCGGCGGCAGCGCGGCGGUGGAGGCGGCGGCCGACAAGAAGCGGCUGCACCACCGGAGGCGGAAGCGCUUCGCGGCCCAGCCGCAGCCGCCGCCGCCGGCCCCGCACCCGCUGCUGUUCCCGCUGCUGCAGCCGCCGCUCCUGCAGCCCCCGCUGUUGCAGCCACCGCUGCCGCCGCAGUCCUUGCUCUUCCUGGCGGCUACCGGCGCCUCCUCCUGCUGCGGGGACGGCGGGGAGCGGAAGCGGCCGCGGGGCAAGCGGCGCUCGGGCUCCCGGCACAAGCGGCGGCGGGGCCGCGGCGGCGGCGGGGGCGGUGGGGGCACCCAGGAGGCGGAGAAGCGGCGCGGUAGCGGCGGGCUGAGCACGCUGGUGGAGGAGUACGACGACGUGAGCUCCCAGUCCGAGGGGCUGCUGGGCGGCGGUGCGGCCGGCGGGGGCAGCGGCGGGGGCAGCCCGGGCUCCUCGUCGGGCGGCGGGACCCAGCGGCAGCGGAGCGAGGCGGAGCGGAGCGGCCGGUCCCGUCGGGAGCACCGCGGUAGCAGCGGGCGCUCCAAGGAGCGGCACCGGGAGCACCGCCGGCGCGGCGAGGACAAGGCGCAGCAUGAGGGGGCGGCGGCGCCGGGUCGCGGGGCACCCGAGCCCUCUUCGUCCUCCUCCAAGUCCCGCAGCCGCCACAACCACACCGGGAGCCAGGACCGGGAGGGACUCAAGAGCAGCAGCGGCGGCGGCAGCGACAGCCGCAGGAAAGGCUCCCUCGCCUCGCCCAGCAGCGGCAGGAAAGAGCGGGAGAGCAAAGCGCAUCGGAGCCGGACUAAAGCGGCCAAGGAGCCGCCGUCGGCUUACAAGGACCCGCCUAAGGCUUACCGGGACGACAAGCCUGAGCCCAAAGCGUACCGGCGGCAGCGCUCGUCGCCCAGCCCCGGGCGGGAUGACAGCCCCCCGCUGCACCGCUCCUCGCAGAGCCAGCGCGGCCGCAAGUCGCUCAGCCCGGUGAGCGCCCGCUCGCCGCUCAGCCCCUACAGCCGCCGCCGCUCCCCCAGCUACAGCCGGCACAGCUCCUACGAGCGCGGCGGGGAUGUGUCACCCAGCCCCUACAGCAGCUGGCGCCGGUCGCGGAGCCCCUACAGCCCCGUUAUCCGGAGAUCAGCAAAAUCUCGAAGCAGAAGUCCAUAUUCAUCAAGGCACUCGAGGUCUCGUAGCAGACACAGAUUGUCCAGAUCCAGAAGUCGUCAUUCAAGUAUUUCUCCUAGUACAUUGACUCUGAAGAGUAGCCUGGCUGCUGAGCUGAACAAAAACAAAAAAGCAAGAGCUGCUGAGGCAGCCAAAGCCAGUGCAAAAGCUUCCAAUACGUCAACACCUACUAAGGGAAGCACUGAUGCUGCUGUAAGUGCACCUCAAGUGAACAACGUAAAGGAUCUGAAGAAGAUCAAAACUGAGCAUACGCCUUCUCCUACCAGCAGCGCAAGUCUGAAAAACGACAAGGCAAAAGCAAAGGUCUCACUUCCUGAAACAAAAGGGGAAAAUAAUUUAAUUGCAGACAAAGUUACUAAACAGAAGCCUGCAGCAGUAAAAGAGAAUAAAUUAACUGUUGUAAAACAGCCACUGGUCACUGUAAGAGAGAAAAGCAAACAGAGUGCACCAAGUGUAGUAGCCAAGGAAAAGGAUCGAAUUGUUGCACUACCAACCUCCACACUGCCACCCUUGCCUUUGCCUCCCACGCUGCCUGAAGACAAAGAAACUGAUAGUUUGCGAGAGAAUAUUUCAGUGAAGUCAGUUAAAGAAACAGAGAAGAAACUUCGCCAUCUGCUCGCAGACUUGCCACUUCCACCUGAGUUGCCUGGAGGAGCUGAGGUACCCAAAAGUCCUGAAGAAAAGAAACCAGCAGUUCAGUUACACAGCAAGAGAAGACCAAAAAUAUGUGGACCACGACAUGGUGAAACGAAAGAAAAAGAAAUAGACUGGGGAAAGCGCUGUGUGGAUAAAUUUGAUAUCAUUGGUAUUAUUGGUGAAGGCACUUAUGGCCAAGUUUACAAAGCCAGGGAUAAAGAUACAGGGGAAAUGGUGGCACUAAAGAAAGUACGUCUGGAUAAUGAAAAGGAAGGGUUUCCAAUUACAGCUAUUCGAGAGAUUAAGAUUCUUCGACAGCUUAAUCACCAAAGCAUUAUCAAUAUGAAGGAAAUAGUGACAGAUAAGGAAGAUGCUUUGGACUUCAAGAAGGACAAAGGUGCAUUUUACCUGGUAUUUGAAUAUAUGGACCAUGACUUGAUGGGACUGCUAGAAUCUGGUUUGGUUCAUUUUAAUGAAAAUCAUAUUAAAUCUUUUAUGAGACAGCUGAUGGAGGGCUUGGCCUAUUGCCACAAGAAGAACUUUUUGCACAGAGAUAUCAAAUGUUCAAAUAUUCUUCUAAAUAAUAGAGGGCAGAUAAAGCUUGCGGAUUUUGGGCUUGCUCGGCUGUACAACUCUGAAGAGAGCCGACCUUAUACCAACAAAGUUAUUACCUUAUGGUAUCGGCCCCCUGAACUUCUGCUCGGAGAAGAAAGAUACACACCCGCUAUCGAUGUUUGGAGCUGUGGCUGCAUCCUGGGUGAACUUUUUACAAAAAAGCCAAUAUUUCAAGCAAAUCAAGAACUUGCACAGCUGGAACUCAUAAGCCGAAUUUGCGGGAGUCCUUGUCCAGCAGUGUGGCCUGAUGUUAUAAAAUUAGCUUAUUUCAACACAAUGAAACCAAAGAAGCAGUAUCGUCGAAAACUGAGAGAAGAGUUUGCUUUCAUCCCACCAGCUGCAUUAGAUUUAUUCGAUUAUAUGCUUGCUCUGGAUCCCAGCAAACGCUGCACAGCUGAACAGGCUCUUCAGUGCGAGUUUCUGCGAGAUGUGGAACCAUCUAAAAUGCCUCCUCCAGACCUUCCUUUGUGGCAAGAUUGCCAUGAGCUGUGGAGUAAGAAACGCAGAAGACAGAAGCAGAUGGGCAUGACUGAUGACUCAACAGCAGCUAAAGUCCCUAGGAAGGAUCUGUCCCUAGGCAUGGAUGAGAGCAGAACCAACACCCCACAAGGCAUGCAAACUUCUUCCCAACUCAAAACUCAGGGCAACUCUAGUGUAGCACUUGCGAAAACAAGCACUGGACAGCAGUUAAACCAGAAUGAAGUGGCAAUCCUGCUAAACCUGCUACAGUCUAAAACAAGUGUUAGUUUGGCACAGUUUGCCCAAGUAUUGAAUAUUAAAGUAAACCCAGAGACUCAGCAGCAACUAAAUAAAAUAAGUCUUCCUGCUGGAAUUUUGUCAGCAGGUGAAAAACAGUCAGAACAGCAGCAGCAGCAGCCGCCGCCGCCUCCGCCACCCCCACCAGAGCAGGAGCCUUUAAAACAGCAGAUCGUCACCCAGCCUGCUGUGCCACCUGCACAGCUGGGCCAGCCUAAAGUUGAGACUGAUGCUGCCCAGGCAGCUGUGCAGAGUGCAUUUGCUGUUCUGUUGUCUCAGUUAAUAAAGGCUCAGCAAACAAAACAAAAAGAUUUUGUGUUGGAGGAGAAGGAAAACGGAUCAGGAAAUGAAAUGUCAUUACAACUCAGGCAGCCUCCAGAGCCCUCCACUCCUGCAUCUGUCAGCCGGGACGACGUGGAAUCUCCAGCACCUGGCUACCCACAUCUGAUCAAGUCAUUAUAUAUGUCUGGAGGUCAAGAGGAUUUGGUUAGGCAGUCUGAGAUGAGGCUUGUAAACCGAACGCCCGAACAGGAGCGCCCUCGGAUCCUGCCUCCAGAUCAGCGUCCCCCCGAGCCACCGGAGCCUCCGCCUCUCACUGAUGAAGACCUUGAUUAUCGGACAGAGAAUCAGCAUUUGCCUAUAACUAACUCUUCAGGAACAGAUCCUCAUGCAGGAGUGAAAGCAGCUCUUCUGCAGCUGCUUGCUCAGCAUCAAGCUCAGGCGACAACGGAGGAGCCAGUACAAACGACUGUGGAUUAUCAGGCUAGAGACUCCUAUGUAACAGGCCCAGACUACAAGGAUAACUUUGGAUCAUCGUCCUUUUCAUCUGCCUGUUACAGCAGUAGCGAUGGAAUAGGAAGUGGAUCAUCAGGAGUAUUAGAAAGGAGGAGUUUCCUUGGAAACUCGGAUAUUCAGUCUUUGGAUAACUACAGUACUGCUUCAUCUCACUCUGGUGCUGCCCCUCCUCCAUCAGCCUUUUCAGAAUCCUUUCCCAGCUCAGUAACUGGUUAUGGAGACAUUUACCUCAACACUGGCCCCAUGCUAUUUAGUGGAGAUAAAGACCAUAGGUUUGAAUACAGCCACGGCCCAAUCCCGGUUUUGGGGAGCAGCAGUGAUGCCUCCACAGGGCCAGAGAGUACGCACUCUUUGCCCUCAAAGGUGCACAACUAUAGCUAUGGAAGUAAUUUGCAGGAAAACCCCAGUGGCAUCAGCCACAUGCAUGGACAGACUUGGACUUCUCCUGCCCAAGGACCUGGCUAUUCUCAAGGAUACAGGGGACACAUUAGCACAUCUGCAGUGAGAGGGCGAGGCAGAGGAUUACCAUAUUGAGUAUCUGUUUUUCCUCAGGCACAUCAUUUUUAUCUGGAAAAACUUCCCCCCCCCCUUAGCUGCAGUUUAAAGCAGCAAUUCAACAGACUUGAAUAAUGUUAAUUCAACAGCUUUAUUUUUAUGUGGAAAAGGGUCUUGCAUACAGUAGGAAAAAUUAAAAAAUGCUUACAACUCAUGCCGUCUGAAAACUAGAUAAAUUGAUUGUACAUGUUCACAGACUCUAGUUCUGAAUUUUAUUUUGUAUUUUGGCAGUUUUAAGUGGAUGCUAAAUUUAGGGACAUCAGCUUUUUAUGGCACUCUUUCAGAUCUUCUGAACUAUGCACAUUUGUGCUUUUUUUGUAAGUUUGGACCAAGUUUUAUGUAAAAAAAAAAAAGGAAAUUUUACAACAAUCAAAGCAGGGCACUGAUUUAUUUGGUAUUUUUCUUUUUACAGAACUACCUUUAGUCAAAGGUCACUGUCAGUCUUUGCACUGCUUUCAGUGUUAUUGUGGAAGGUGUACUUUGUGCUCAUUUCAGAUAAUAAAACACAACCUUUCUCUUGAUGCAAAAUUUUAUAAAUAUUUGGUCAAUGUUUUUUCUUUCAAGAAAAAAAAAAGAAUGGAUGUUCUGGUUAAAUGUCCAUCUCCCAGGCUUGUUUAUAUAAAAACUGUUUUACUUGAAUGGUAAGUGCCUUAACAUGUAAGCUUAAGGUCUGCAAAAAUUUGGAAGUACUUUAUAGAUUGGUAUGAACAUAAUACCUAAACCUAGGUAGUUAACAAGAGAAUUCAGAUAAUAAUAAGAAACUCAAAUAGGUCAUAACCUUGUGCUGUUUACUUUACAUGGGCCAGUUACUUAGAGACCUGAUCUUACCUUGGUGAAAUCGUAAUUUCCAAAUUGAACUUCAUGAGAAACAUAAAAAGUGAGGAGCAGAAUGAAGAGUGUAGCUUUUCCUCAGCUCCCUCUUGGAGUUGUUGUAAGUGUUUUAGUUCCUCUGCCAAAUAAACUAUACUUCAUAUGUCCUUACCGAGUGAUAAAAUAGUUUUUUCUCUUAAAUGUCAACAGCAGUAAUUACUUUACUUUGUGUGAAAAGCUGACAUUCUUGUCUUUUUACCACAAGUACUGCAUUGGAGAAAGUAACCAAAGGAAAAAUGACCAGUAUUUAAGGCAACAGCAAAACGUUUGACAUUAGUUCUAAUUCUCUGUAAACUUGUAAUUGUGCCAAUUAAUUGAUUUUAUAUCUGCUAUUCCACGGAACAUUUUAAUAUUGGAAUUGAGUCUCUGAACAACUGAUAAAAUUAUUAUAGUUAAAACUCUUAUCAAGAGCCACUCCUCAUACUAAAUACAACUUCCAGCAUGUUUUUUUCCUUCCUUUGACAAGUGGUCUCUCUCCUGCAGAGAGGAGGUAUGGUUAUAUUUUGCCUGUACGUAAAAGAAUGUUUUGAAGCCCAUAUUGGAAACAAUUUUCCAACUGAUUAUCCAGUUGACAAAUCGGUACCUUAUGUAACUGAGUGUUUAAAUAUUACUUUUUAAAAAGUAAAAUUUCUACUUACACUAUUACAAACGUAGUCUUGUCAGUGACUUUUUGGAUUUUCAGAGUAGAAGCCAAAGCUGUUGGUGUUUUGUCUUGAUUGAAAAUCCUGGUUCCUAUAUGGCUAAAUCCCACCCUGUGGAGCGUGGAGAAACUCACUUCACUAACCACGUAGAUUUUGAGGAUCUGGCAAAUGGGGAGCAGAGAGAGAGUCCUGCUGCCUACGGUGUCCCUACAAGUCUGGCAGUUGCCUUCACUAGACACAGUAAAAAAAAUCCUGAGAUCUGAAAAUAAAAGUGGCCAGGUCAGAAACAAAGACUUAUGACCUGAAUAGCCUGUGCUUAAGAAAAGCAAAAGCUUCACGUGAAUGACAGUGCAUUGGAUAGUUUUCCUUGAGUAAGGACACCCUUGUAGUAUUUUUCUGCUAGUAAAAUUAUAAAGACAAAAAUCAUUAGUGUUGUUUAGAUAUGGACAGUGUCAGCUUUGUUUACUAAUCUUUAAAAAACCCAGUCCCACAGAGAUACACAGAUUGCUGCCUUUUUUUUUUCAGAAUCAAACAAAGGCCUUUCAAAGCUUUUAGGCAGUUACUUACACUGAAAGUGUGCAGUCUGGGGUUACUCACCUGCAGUGUAACUGCGGGUGAUAGUUGGCCUAAAGUGCAGGUAAGUUCAAAUGGAAAACAGAUCUCAGAAGACUAAAUGAAUUGCCUUCCAAUAAAAAAAUGCAAGGAAGAUGUUGUGUCUCCUACUGCUUCCCUUUUGGAGGUAAAUUUUCAACUCGUUUAGUUCACCUCAUUUAGUGCAGAGAAGUGAGUCCCCUCUGCCUGUGUAAAAUGACAGUGCAGUUUCCUUAUGGGCUGGCAGUACUCUGAUACAUUGUUCCACCAAAAUGGAUUUCAGUCUUUGGCCAUGAGAAACAUGGCCCGAGCACAAGUAAUCCUGACUAUGAGGAGAGAGAAGGGGAUACAAUAGACUUGACUGCCAGAUGAAUCAGAAACAAAACUCUGGCACGCUGUGGCAGAUGAGUACUGUACAAUGACUUUUCUCCAGUUUAACAAUGUGACUUUGCAUUUGCCUGGGACAACAGUGUUGGGAUAAUUUGGAGGGAAAGUUAAUGUGUUUCCACAUGUGAUAAUUCUGAAGAGAUUACAGUCUCUGUGACCUAGGGGAUCUUCCUGGCUCUUUUGCUGGCAGCCUUUCCUCCUGGGCCAGUGGAGGCUACGCACGGGCUGCGUGUGGGUGAGGAGCUCUGCCCUGCUUCUCCAGGGCAGCCCUCUGGAGGUGUGGCAGGAGGAUUGUUCCUGCAGCUGUGCUCCCCUGGCCCCAGAGUUGUCUAGGCAGGUUAGCAGCCAGUGAACUGGCGGGAUUUUAUGACUGUAGGUCCACAUUCAUUUGCACCCAACCUGUCUAUUACCUGUCAACAUUUCUUUUGAAUUAAAACACAUGAUGAGGAGCUUUUGACAGAAUUUUACCUUUUGAGCAAACUCCACUCAGCAGAGAGUCUGUACUAGUUUGGCAAUUUACAUCAUGUGGCCCUGGCAUUUUUGAUGCAAUAGUAGACAUUCUGAAAACUGCGUUAUUUUUCUGUGGAGCUGUGGCUUUUUUUACUUCCCCCCUCAUUCCUUUGGGGUUAUAUUUUCUGUGCUGCAAUUCUGUGCUACAGAGACCUGGACACUACAUCGAAAAGUAAGUGUUGUGUGUUUGUAUUUCUAAAUAAAAAUAGUGAAAUACUGUAAUAAUGGACUAUCAAGUAGGAAGUACUUCAUUAUUUAUAUUAAGUGGUCUUUAGCCAUACCAAGAGGAAGAAAGCAAGCACAACUGGACUGCUAUGACCAUGACUUAAAACACUUAGACUAUUAUAAUUCUUAAACUCAGCCAAAGGAAAAGGAAACAGCUUUUAUGGAUUGCUAGUUGUUAUGCUGAACAGAAGGAGCAGUGUUAGGGAAAAGGUGUAAAAUACAUGUAUCCUUUAAUAUAAUUCCUUGGAAAAAUAAUUUUUAAACGGCAAACCUUUAUAUUUUCUUAUGUUUCCAUAAAAUGUGGUAUAUGUUAAAUUUUCUCCAUCCCACAGUAGUGUAAGGUGCUUUCUAGAAGCAAAGGCAAUAAGUGCUGUGUUGUAAGUUCUUACGGUUCUGAGUGCUCUUCUCCUUUUGCUUGUUGCAGGAGGCAGUUUCGGUUUUGGUGAAGUUUACAACUGGAAGAGUUUAAUAGAUAAUUGUGUGGUAAAAACUAAAGUACUGAAGUAACACAGGAUACCUCUUGUCUGCAGGCAGAUUAGAUCUUGGACCAUGUUUCCAAGAGAGGAAAAUCUCACAUGUACUUCCUGAUUUCUUCUUUUCAUUAAUAAAACACGCAAGUGUUUUACAUACAACAUUUCUCCCCAGUCUAUUCUGUUACUGUGUUUUUUACAUGAGGAAAUUUUAGCUAUUUCUUGAUAGUUUUGGGAUGUUCUACAUUUGCAGAAGUGUGUCAUGAAAUUAAGGAAUUGCCAGAAAAUUGUUUUGAAUUUGUAUUUAAAAAUGAAAUGACCUUGGGUUGACUUAAAAUUGAAUUAACGUGCUUAUCAGGGUGAAGAAUACUUUAUUGCAGGAGUUAUUUCAAGACAACCUAAUUUAAAAUAAAUUGUUAUGCUUCAGCUUGCUUACUCUUUGUUAUUUUAAGCCAUUUGUAUAUAAAAUGUAUUGUGUGGCCUGUAAAUAAAAUACACGGAAACU